UCUGCAGAGGGAUCGGAUUUUUAAGAACCUCACCCGGAAGCGCCAGCGGGCGAUGCGAAGGCGAGUGCACCAGGUGAACGGGCACAAGUUCAUGGCCACCUACCUGCGACAGCCAACGUACUGCUCACACUGCAGGGAGUUCAUCUGGGGCGUGUUUGGGAAGCAGGGAUACCAGUGCCAAGUAUGCACCUGUGUUGUACACAAGCGCUGCCACCACCUAAUUGUUACAGCUUGCACGUGCCAAAACAAUACUAACAAGACCGAUCUCAAGGUGACCGAACAGAGGUUUGGAAUCAACAUUCCUCAUAAGUUCAGCGUCCACAACUACAAAGUCCCGACAUUCUGUGACCACUGCGGGUCCUUGCUCUGGGGAAUCAUGCGACAGGGUCUACAGUGUAAAAUCUGUAAAAUGAACGUCCACAUCCGGUGCCAGGCAAACGUUGCUCCGAACUGUGGAGUGAACUCAGCAGAGCUUGCUAAAACCUUGGCAUGCAUGGGUCUGCAACCAGGAAGCAUUUCCCCAAAUUCGAAACUGGUUUCAAGACCCACGUUGAGACAUCAGGGAAAAGGCAGCCUGAAGGAUGGCAACAAUGUUAGUGAGAGUUCAGAGAGCAAACUUGGGAUCAAAGACUUGACCUUCCUUCGUGUCUUGGGAAAGGGAAGCUUUGGAAAGGUGAUGCUUGCCAAGAUGAAAGAGAGUGGGCAGCUCUAUGCGGUGAAGGUGUUGAAGAAGGACGUCAUUCUCCAGGACGAUGAUGUUGAAUGUACCAUGACUGAGAAACGCAUCCUUUCCUUAGCAAGGAACCACCCAUUCCUCACCAAGCUCUACUGUUGCUUCCAGACUCCUGAUCGCCUGUUCUUUGUGAUGGAGUUCGUGAAUGGCGGGGACUUGAUGUUUCACAUUCAGAAGUCACGUCGCUUCGAUGAAGAUCGGGCCCGGUUCUAUGCUGCCGAAAUUAUUUCAGCCCUUAUGUUUCUCCAUGAAAGAGGCAUCAUUUAUAGGGACUUGAAACUGGACAACGUGCUGCUGGACUACGAGGGGCACUGCAAGCUGGCAGACUUUGGAAUGUGCAAAGAGGGCAUUCAUGAUGGCAUCACCACAGCCACCUUCUGUGGUACGCCAGACUACAUCGCUCCAGAGAUCCUGCAGGAGAUGCUGUAUGGCCCUGACGUGGACUGGUGGGCCAUGGGUGUGCUGCUGUAUGAGAUGCUGUGUGGCCACGCGCCCUUCGAGGCGGAGAACGAGGACGACCUCUUCGAGGCCAUUCUGAACGACGAAGUCGUCUACCCGACGUGGCUCCAGCAGGAUGCGGUGGCAAUCCUCAAAGCAUUCAUGACCAAGAACCCCACCAUGCGCCUGGGCAGCCCCGGGCUGGGCGGAGAGAGCGCGAUCCUGCGGCACCCCUACUUCAAGGACCUGGACUGGGACCUGCUGAACCAGCGCCAGAUGGAGCCACCAUUCAGGCCCCGAAUUAAAUCCAAAGAUGACGUGAGCAACUUUGAUCCAGAUUUUAUAAAAGAAGAGCCCAUCCUGACUCCCAUUGAAGAAGGGAUUCUUCCAAUGAUAAACCAAGAUGAAUUUAGAAACUUUUCAUUCACCAGCCCGGAACUGCAGCAAUAGCUAUGGCUCUGGAGAAGGGUUGCUGAGAGGACUGGGGGGAAAUGAAAAGAAAGCCAAGUUUACCAGUAAUUUCAUUCUCAAGGAGUAAAAGUGCACUGACUUACACGAUACAGCAGCACCACUGUCAAUGUUACCUUAAUGUGAAAUUGAAACCUUCCUGUUUGUAGGACUUAAUGCAGCUCUUGGAUCAAAUAUUGACAGGGGUGGAAUAAACAUGAUAGUGUAAAUAGCUGAUGCAGACAGAGCAUUGAAUGCUGAGCUGGUUGGCUCAGCCUGAAUGUCACUCCUUGCCGUGGAUUCAAGGAGUCGGCAUGAGCAUGAAACAAGUGUCUUGCAGCUCUGAGCCAAAUAGACUUGCUACAAUUCUGAUUGUUUGCAAGACUAUUUUGAGGAGUCCCAGCACUGUCCAGCGUUUUGGAGACGUGAUCCAACAUCCCAUGGCCUGACUGAACCAGAUGUUCCUACUGACUUUACCUGUUUCUGCAGUAUUUAUUUCUUUCCGAAGGACAAAUGGCUCUCUUUGCCACUGUUUGGGUUCCCAUGUGAAAUAUUUCAUCGUGCUGACUUGCAGAAGGAAAAAAACAAAUGCCCUGUGCCCCACACAGAUUCUUCCAAAUCAAAGGGAAGUCAUGUGCUCGUAGUGUUUUACUGUUUGUGCGAUAUGAAAAGUUUUAGUGUUUGCAUUCUGUGAAAUGCCUUUUUACAUCAUGCAUCUUCAAUGCUCCUUUCUUUGCCUCCCAGCUGUUUUCAACUAUAAUAUAACUUGUAAAACCUUGCUGUUUAUUUAGGCCCAUUCUAUUUAAUUAUGCUAUACAGAGCCCCUUUUGUGGGUUUAGUGCCUCAUUAAAAUUUUGAUCCGAA